AUGCCGCGACAACAACGCUCUAUACAGACUUCUCGUGAAGGUAGAAUAAGUCUUGCUAUGGCGUCCUAUUAUAAUAAUCUAAAACAAUCUAUCUACUCUCUCGCGAAAGCGUACGACGCUUUCCACCCCAUAUCAUUGACGUGCGACGAAUGGCAGACGCGUUACUCGCUGCGCGUGGCUAAGAUCCACCUCCACAACCUAUAG